AUGGGGUCCGCUGACCUACGGGGCCACCGCUGGGCAGAACUCCUGCUCUCGGCCUCACUUUUGACCAUGUGGAGCCUGCCAGCUGCAGCCCAGCUCACCCCUGAUGCCAACCUGCUUAAAGUCACCCGAAGUGAGAAGGAUGUUGUUCCGUCUAUAUUUGGGGCCCCUUGGUCACCCUAGACUCAUGGUAGAUUCAGGGCGCUGGCCAAGCCCACCAUUUCAGUCAGCCAGGGCACAGCCAUAGAGCACAAGGAAAAUGUGACCUUCUACUGUGGCACCAAAGAUGUCAACAUUACCAUCUACUGGGUCUCCAACAAUCAACCCCUGGUGUUGCAUGAGCGCAUGCAGCUGUCCACAGAUGGCAAGACCCUCACCAUCUUCCCUGUCCAGCGGGAAGACACCGGGACUUACCAAUGUGAAGUUUGGGGUGUCCUCCAGGUCAUGAGCAGCGACCCCACCUUCCUGGUUGUGAACUAUGGUCCUGACCCUGUCAGAAUCAAGGUGGAGCCCGGGGUACCCAACGGGGAGGCAGUUGAGGUGAUAGAGGGCAGCAACGUGACCUUCUCGGUGGAAACUCAGUCUCACCCACCCGCUGCCUAUUUAUGGGUUUUCCCCAAUGACUCCAAGCCCAUCACGAGCUCGUUUCUCACCGCAAGCACAUUUACCAUCUAUGCCGUAUCCAGGGAACACGAGGGCAUGUACAGCUGCUUGGUGUCCAACAGUGCCACCCAGCUGUCCCACCUGGCUACUCUUAACUUCCACGUCCUUGAAAGGCUGACCAAGCCUUGCGUCAUGCCCCCGAACCAGACUCUCGUAGAGAACGCCAGCCUGGUGGGCCUGACCUGCCGGACCGCCCAUGAGAGAGCUGCAGCCCAGUGGUUCCUGCGGGGCCAGCUCCUUCUGCCCAGCAAGCACCUGGUGCUGUCCGCUGACAACAGGACCCUGGCCAUCCAUGGCCUUCAGCGCAAUGACACAGGGCCCUAUGAGUGUGAGGUCUGGAACUGGAGCAGCCGGGUGCGGAGUGACCCCCUCAAGCUGAACAUCAGCUAUGGCCCUGAUAGAGUGGACAUCACCAGGGGGUCGACGUCCGAGGUGGUCAGCACCAUCAGGGCGGAGCUCAACUCCAGCCUGACCCUGCAGUGUUGGGCUGAAUCCCAGCCGGAUGCUGAGUUUCACUGGACCCUUGAACCCUCCACGAGUGUCUGUACAGGGGAACAGCUGGUCAUCGAGGCCCUGACUUGGGAACACCAAGGGAUUUACAGCUGCACAGCUUUUAACUCUCUCACCCAACUGGCCCGCUCUGCCUCAGUCCUGGUCAGAGUGAUAGGUCCCGGGUCAUCUCUCUCUGAAGGGGCCAUCGCUGGCAUUAUCAUCGGGAUCCUGGCCGUCACUGCUCUGGCCACAGGGCUGGGCUGUUUCCUCUACAUCAGAAAUGCCAAAGGGCCCUCAAGGAGAACGACAGAGGAACCCAUCUAUGAGGCCACGACACCCACCUCUGAAGAGGGUCACCUUGCAGAGCUCGGUCGCAGACCAAAGGAGAUGCUGAGCGCAAAGCGCCUGACAAAGGCAGCAGGCGCCCAGGAGGGGUCCCCGCCGUUCCCCUCCGGAUCCCGUUUUCACUGUCACUCCUGGACGUCAAGCCGAGCCCAGGGCCGGCCUUUCCCAAGCCAGCCACUCCCCACGCAUCGGUGUCUUGGCCUCGGCCUCCGAUCUGGCUCCUCGUCUCGGCGCCCCGCAAAAACUCGGACACGCACACUCUCAGCCCCCAGCGGGAACCCCAACCCUAGCGCUCUCUUCCUGUGUUGCCGCGUCCGGGUGUCCACCUUCCCUCAGGAGCUGGAACCCCGCCCAAUCACCGCCCGCGCCGCCGAGCCUUCUGGGAAUUGUAGUCCAGGCUCGCCGAGCCCAAACGUACUUCCGGGUUCGGCCAGAAGCGCAGCCAUUGUCCCGCGCGCGGACGUUUUUGUCUCCGUGCACCUCGGUCCUUCGGAGGUUAAGUCGAGUGGCCCUGCGGAUGCCGACUAG